AUGUAUUCUUUUAUUCUAUCAUUUUUUUAUUCUUUUAUUCUUUCAUUCUUUUAUUCUUUCCUUCAAUUAUUCUCUUUAUUUGGUUAUAAAAUCUUUAUUUUAUUUUCUUUCAAUCAUUUAAUUUUUUUUUUUUUUCGGAAACUUGCUCCGACUUUGUUUGGUUAUUUUAUCUAUUUAUUCAUUUAUUCUUUUUUUUUCUUUUUUCAUUCAUUCAUCAAAACUGUUAUUCUCACUUUACACCCCCCCUUUCCUACUUCUUCUUCUUUUCUUUCUUCACGUAUUUUUCUUUUUUUCAUCUUUACUUCUCUUUCUCUAUCUUUCUGCCUAUAUUUCUGCCUCUCUUCUCCCCAGGUCUCUAUCUGUUUUCUAUCAUCUCCCACUCUCUCUACUAACUCUCACUCUCUCUCUCUCUCUUUUCCACUCUUUCUCUCUUCCUUCCUGUCUCUUCCUAAAUCCCUGUUUUUCCUCCCACACUCCAGACCACUUUUUAUCUUUCUCACCUCAUCGUGUUUCUCUUUGCUGUUUCUCCCUAUUCUUUUCCUGCUUAUAUCCUCUCUUCUCUCCAGGUCUAUUUCUUUCUUUCUUUCUUUCUUUCUUUCUUUCUUUCUUUUUUUCUUUCUUUCUUUCUUUUUGCUGUCUCUCCUUAUUUGUCUCUAUCCCUUCCUCUCUUCUCUCCAGGUCUAUUUAUUUCUUCUAUCAUCUCCUUUCUCUCUCCUAUCACUCUCUCUCUCUCUUUUUAUCAGCUUUCUCUCUCCUGUCACUCUCUCUCUUUUUAUCGCUUUCUCUUUCUUUUCCUUCCUCUUCUUUUCCUAUAUCCCUGGUCACCUUGUCUCUCAAGACCACAUUCUUUCUUUCUUUCUUUCUUUCUUUCUUUUUUUCUUUCUUUCUUUCUUUGUCUAUAUCCCUUCAUCUCUUCUCUCCAGGCCACUUUCUUUCUUUCUUUCUUUCUUUCUUUCUUUCUUUCUUUCUUUCUUUCUUUCUUUCUUUUUUGCCUCUCAUUUGUCUCUAUCCCUUCCUCUCUCUCCAGGCCACUUUCUUUCUUUCUUUCUUUCUUUCUUUUCUUUCUUUCUUUCUUUCUUUCUUUUUCUUUCUUUGUCUAUAUCCCUUCAUCUCUUCUCUCCAGGCCACUUUCUUUCUUUCUUUCUUUUCUUUUUUCUUUCUUUUUGCUGUCUCUCCUUUUGUCUCUAUCCCUUCCUCUCUUCCUCCAGGCCACUUUCUUUUCUUUCUUUCCUUUCUUUCUUUCUUUCUUUCUUUCUUUCUUUCUUUGUCUAUAUCCUUCAUCUCUUCUCUCAGGCCACUUUCUUUCUUUCUUUUUUUUCAUUCUUUCUUUCUUUCCUCUUUCUUUCUUUCUUUUUUUUGCUCUUUUCCUUCUUUGUCUUUAUCCCUUCCUCUCUUCUCUCCAGGCCACUUUCUCUUUUCUUUUAUCAUUACUCUCUACCGAUCCUCUCUCUCACUUUCUCCCUCGCCCUUUUCCUUCUUUUGUUCCUUUCUGCAAUUAUCCUUUCUCUCCGUACCAAUUUCUCUCCUCCUCUAUCAUUGCUCUUCUCUUUGUUCCAAGCCCUACUCUCUCUCUCUCUCUCUCUCUCUCUCUCUCUCUCUCUCUCUGCCACUUUUUCUCUUACUUUAGCCGCUCAUUUCUCCCAACUGCAUUUCCCCUCCUUACCUUCUUUUCUGGCUAUGUCCCAGUUCUUAACACUUUCAUCUUCAGACAAAUCUCCCUCCUCUCUUUCCCACUCUCUCCCCCCCUCUCUAUCUCUCACUAUCUAUCUAUCUAUCUAUCUAUCUAUCUAUCUUUCUAUCUUUCUAUCUAUCUAUCUAUCUAUCUAUCUAUCAGGCUAUAUCUCUGUUCCUUCUAUACACCUGAUCCUGUCUCUCUCUUCCGCAGGCCACUUUCUCACCGCUUUUACUCUUUUACUCUUUACUGAAGUCUCUCUCUCUCUCGCUACUCUCUCCCUCCCUCUUUCUCGCUCUCAUUUCUUUUCUUUCCUUUCCGUGCUUCUCCUUCCCUCUCCACCCCGCUGUUCCUCAGUCCCAAAUUGUUCGCCUAUUUCUUUCUUUCUUUCUUUCUUUCUUUCUUUCUUUCUUUCUUUCUUUCUUUCUAACCAUCUAUCUCAGGCUCUCGAUUCCUUCCUUCCUUCCUUCCUUCCUUCCUUCCUUCCUUCCUUCCUUCCUUCCUUCCUUCCCUUCCUAUCUAUCUAUCUAUCUAUCUAUCUAUCCCAGCCUGAUUAUAUCUAUCUCAACCCGUUUCUAUCGAUGCUCCUUUCUGUAUGUCUCUCUAUCUCAGUUCAUAUCUAUCUAUCUAUCUAUCUAUCUAUCUAUCUAUCUAUCUAUCUAUCUAUCUAUCUAUCUAUCUAUCUACAUCUGCUUUCUUCUCCCCUCCCCCUCUCUCUCUCUAUUUGUUAUCUAUCUAUCUAUCUAUCUAUCUAUCUAUCUAUCCAAAACUUGAUUUUUUUUCCAUUUAUCUGUUCCAAUCAAAACUUUGCACGGGCGAUUCUUUUCAAUAACAAUCAUUCCUCAUCCUCCUAUUCUCUUUCCACGGCACCUCUUACCCUUACAUCCACCAACACAGUCAACUCCUCCUACUCCUAUUACUUUUUCUGCCCUCCCCGAACUUCCACUACACUCACUUGUUCUCCUCCCAUUUUCUACUUAAACUUUUCCCUCCUACUCCAACACUCUUUCUUCCUCUCUCUGUAUUCAUACUUUCUCUCUUUAACUUUGUCCUUCUGUCGGCUUGUCUCCUCAUCAUCUGGUCACACAAUUCAUUCAGUGAGACGGACACAAUUACAGCACAAGUCUUUAUUUCUAUCUCUUCUCUUCCAUUUCUCUUCGUCUUUACAGCGGGAAAACACACUUUAA